CGGCGCGUGUUGCACACUGUUGCCAGGGAAGAGCGCGAUGAAAGGGGGUGGUCGCAUUGUCUGUCGGGACUGUAGCGGUGUGUGAAUAGCUGCCGUAAAUCAGAAACGCUUGCUGAUCCUCUGGAUUGCGUUCUUUAUAUUAAAGCUUAUUAGGGUAUCCUGAGAUAGAUUCGCAAGCUUUAGUGAUAGCACAGCUCCCUUGUUCCCAUUCGUUUCGUUCCGAAAAGGUAAGAAAACCAACCCUAACUAGCUAGAGCAAGUGCUUGUUGCAUUCAGCCGGCGAGUGGCGGCGGAUUUGGUGAGGAGGUGCGCGGCGGCGCUUGAUCGCAGAUUGGGGUCAAGAGUGGCCGGCCGGUAUAGAGCCAAAGGCGGCCGAUGACUUCGGAGAGUAGCAGUCAACCGCAACAGAAGGAGGAGGUCGAGACGGGAUCAGUCGCCCGAAAUCAAGAGGAGAAAACCGGCGAAGACCAAGGCGGCAUGGUGACUACUAAGGGGGCCGGUCUAAAUCCCAAUGCUAAAGUGUGGCAGGAAGUGUCUGCACCUACCACCCAGGCGCCAGAGGCGGCCACAGAGACUUGCCAUUGGCCACAAGAAGAUGCUGGCUCCACUGAAGAGUCAGAGGGCUUCAAGGAGUACAGUGUUGGCUAUGGAGACUCUGAAUCAGCCCCUCCUUUAGAAAGCAGUAUGUUGAAUGGUAUGGAGUCUGCAGAACUGGCUUACCCGCUCUAUGAAGCAGGCGAGGUGGUUGAGGAGAAGCUGCCUUUGUCCGAGGAGAGUCUGAAGGAGUCGUUGAGGAAAGAGCUGGAGUUUUGCUUCUCGAGGGAGAAUCUCUCAAAGGAUCUCUAUCUGAUGUCUCAGAUGGACAGUGAUCAGUUUGUCCCUAUUUGGACCAUUGCAAACAUGGAGGGUGUCAAACUACUGACUACUGAUAUGGGUCUGAUACUUGAGGUGCUACGAGCCUCUCCCAUGGUGCAGGUUGAUGAGAUGGGGGAGAAGGUACGGCCAAAUCACAAACGAUGCAUCAUCAUCCUUAGAGAGGUCCCUGAUACCACACCUGUGGAGGAGGUGGAAGCGCUGUUUAAAAGUGAGAAGUGUCCGCAGGUCAUCAGCGUGGAGUUUGCACACAAUAACAACUGGUACAUCACAUUCCAGUCUGAUACUGAUGCACAGCAGGCGUACAGAUAUUUACGUGAAGAAGUCAAAACCUUUCAGGGCAAACCAAUUAUGGCACGCAUCAAGGCCAUUAACACGUUCUUUGCUAAGAACGGUUAUGGGGCAGUUGAUUCUGGGGUGUACUCUGCUGCUCCAUCACAGUACUCCUCUCCAAUCUACCUGCAACAGGUGUACCACCCCCCACAGCAGUACCCCCUCUACAGCCUCCUGCCGCAGACAUGGACCCCCUCACCAACCCCUUACUUUGAAACACCUCUGGCUCCAUUUCCCAACAGCACAUUUGUUAAUGGGUUUGGCACAGCAGGAAACUACAAAACUGGCUCCUCUCCAAUCGGCCUUACACGCAACUACCCCCGCAACCGACUUCCAUUAUAUUCCAGAAAGAAUGUAAUCAAUGCCUUCAGGAACCAUGUGAAGCCACAGCCUCGUGCUGAUGUUGGUCAGCUGACGGAGACUUUGUCUGGUACCAGCAGUCCUCAGUCCUCAUGCACCCCCACUUCCGACACCAGCGUUUCCACCCUCACCCCGCUCUCUGAACCACCAACAUCCCCCAGAGAGAACCACCACUCAGAUCUCGGCAUCAUCAACCGUGUCAGGAGAGGAAGCUACCGUGGCAUGAGGAGAAGAGAAGAUGAAAGAAUGAGACAUCAUUCUGAAAUGGAGGUGAAAAAUCCACCCCCUAAGUUUGACCUUGCUACCACUAACUUCCCACCAUUGCCGGGAGGUGUGCCGAGCCAUCUGCCAGCUGUGGCCAUGCCAACAGAGUCAUUAUUGGAGAAUCGAAUGGCAGAUGUUGUUAAAGGCAUCAAUAGGGACAAGUUCGAUAUGAAUAAACAAGAUGUUAUUCAAGAUACAGGAACGUGUCAAGUGGAAGCGGAAUCAACUGCACCCUCCAUUCCAGCGCCAAAGCUCCCCUCCACUCAACAGGACACACCUGCCACUAGUGUGUCACAUCAAGUGAAGAGCCCAGCGGAGGUUCAAAUCUCUGACAUAACUCCCGACUCUGCAUCAGUGGCCGCAAACCCUGCCCAGCCUGUUCCCGCCCCCAAACCUUCAAGCAACCAGUCAACGUCAAGCACUGUAUCUUCUCCACCUGUCCCUUCAAGCACAAUUGUGCAGGAGCCUCGGAAGCUGAGCUAUGCAGAGGUGUGUCAGAGACCACCCAAAGACCCUCCCCCCACGCUGGCAGCCCCGCCCAGCCCCACCCCCUAUCCUACCACAAACCAACCACUACGCGAGCUUCGUGCCAAUAAAGCGGAAGGCCCAGCCUCGUCCCGCUGCAGCUCCCACGAGAAAGCAGAGAAAGGAAGUGAGAGUCGGACCUCCAGAGAGCAGACUGGCUACCAGCGUGGUUACGGCCCCAGAGGGUCAGGUUUUAAGCUCAGAGAGCAGCAGAGACGGCCCCCUCAGGGUCUACGCACCUCUCCACAGUCAGGGUAUAGCAGAUGCAGUGGAAAAGAACAAAACAUCCCACCCAGAUCGCCAAAAACCCUCUACUUAAAGACUUUUGACAUUUGGGAACUUGAUCCAUAAAAAUACAGGAGAAAACUAGGAAUUUAAGGAAGAAACAAACCUUUUAAACUUUAAAGGAGGACAAACGGGCCAUACUUCCUGUGGUGUCUGUGAUUUACAACGGUUGAUUAACUUGUGAAUGGAUUUUGAUUUUACUUGGAGUGUUUAAGGUCCUGGAACUAGUGUAUAAUGCUGUAAAUUUUUAUUAUCUAUAAAAACUAGAUAAUUUUUUUUGGUUAAAGUGCUGUUGGUGAGAAAUUUAGCCAGCACAUGUUCUCCAUAUGCAACAAAGACCACAUGACACUGCUUCUCACCGGUCCAUACAUCUCACUUGUUUGUACUAAUGUGUUUGUUACUUUCUGUUAGCACCUGUCCUAAAUGGGGCUGGGACAAAAAAAAAAAAUAUUUAAAGAUGCAUCACAAUGCUUUCUCAAAUGAUUGUCAAUUCACAAUUUAUGAUUGAAAUAUAUUUAGCUUUUUCGAAAGCUUACAGAGGAUGGCAAAAUUCUAAAAUAUUGUGCACCAAAUUUAAAUGUAUUCUAUAUUCUAAAUGUUGCACGUUUCUGCCCAGAGCUGGAAGAACAAUGGUCUGUUGUUCUGGCUGUCAAUUUGACUUAAUGUCUUAUGGUCUGGUCCAAAUUGCAGAUUAUUCUGGCAAGAGAACUGCCCACUUAGACAGGAAGAGUCCGUCUGACCGACAUAUAAAGUGUCCAACCACAGUUUUUUAUUUUUUAUUUUGCAUGCUUUUUAGAAGUGGCAUAAUAUGAAAAAGAUCAUACAACAAUAAUAGACAUGGGAAAAAAAUUAAAUUGUGUAGCAAUUUCUUUGGAUGUAUUGAAGACACUGAAAAGAUUGAAAUUGUGUGUAGUCUGUGAUCAGCGCUUCUACCCGACUAAAAAAAUAGCAAGGACAGGUCAUUGUAUCAAUCCGGUACCUUUUGUAAAUUAUUUUUUACUUUUUUAAAUAAGUUCGGCUGGAAACAGUGUGCCUAGAAGUUGCGUUGAGGCAGUCAAUCAAAUUUAAGUUACCAGAUUGAAGAAGUACUUGCGUUUUGUGUGCAGUAUGAAUCAGAUGGUCAGCGAACGGACUGUGGGUGUGCCUUCAUUGGUUGAGACUGAUUCCAAACAAAUAUCCUCAAGCAAGUAUCAUAGCUUCCACAUAAUUCAAAGAGGGCACGGAAAAUUGCUAGGUCAAUUGCCUGCUUUAUUGGAAAAGAUUUUGCUUUUGUUCAAUCAUUGAGUUGCAUUGAAUCAUUUCAUAGUCACAAUGUGAUCACAAAUCGAAAUCAAAUUGACUCGUGCCUAAAGGUUCCCACCCCUAGUCCAAAACUGCAAAGUGAAACUGGUUGUGUGUAUGCAUGCAAUGUUCAAAGAGGGAAAAUGGAAUGGCAAAUGUGUAGAUUUAACAGAUCACAGAAUGUGACUUAAAACUGAUGUAAUUUCUGCGCCACCAAAUGAAAUUGCAAAAAUAAACUGUUUUCAAAACAGCUUUCUGAAUGCGCCCCCGUCUGCUGUUGGUCAAACAAAGAGAUAGUCCUGCCCCUAACUCAUGCCAUUGGUCGAGUUGCUUAAAACAAACAGAGGAUUUUCAUAGCGCCACAGAGACCAAGCGCUUAGUUUUCGAGAAAAUUAACUUAUGAAUGGCUUGUAGUUGUUUCUGCAUAUUAAGGUUGGAUGGUAGAAAGUAUUUUAGCAAAAAGUUACAUAAGCUUUAAUAAGAAUUUCAUGAAGAAUGGAAUAGUACUGGACCUCCUUAGAAAGAAAAGAAGAAAUGAAGGACAAACCUAGGGAUGUAUGUUUAAGAGGAUUUUGAGUUGGCUUGCCGUGUUGUAUAACGUGUCGUAAAGUGUCAUUCGUGAUGUCCAGUGUUUUUGAAGGCUGUGUCUGUCAAUAACCAAGGGAAGAUCAAGCUGCUUUUAAGGCUGAAAGAAUUAAUUCAUUUGUUUAGAUGAACAAGUCUUGAAGUCACUGUCUUCCUUGCCCUCUGAUAGUCUUGUUAGUGUUUUAUAGCAGUCAGGUGUUUGUACAGUUGGCUUUUGACUGUAAUGUCAGUUUUUCCUUCUGCUGUAGAUGCUGGUUACAAUAAUCAGGUUGGAUUUUACUUCGUCAGAGUUGGUAUGCUGCUUCAAAAGUGCUGUUCACGUCCAGUCUCUAAUAUUCCGUCAGUCCACAUGGUCUUUUGUUUUCUUUGUUUAAUCUGUAUGUGAUGCUUACAUUUAUGCCUGUAUAUUUCAGGUGUGAUUACCUGUAUGCAGAGUGAUGUACUGUAAUAUACCUGCUACAGUGUUCAUAAAUUACCUGUGUCAUCUGAUGUCAUGUUGAUUUUUGGUAAAGGAGAGGGAACUCAGGACCUCAAAGGAAAUUGAUGAUGUGUAUGACUGCUAAUUAUGUCCAAGGCUUACUGCAAGAGUUUUUUUUUUUUUUUUUUUCCUUGAUCAUAGCCUUUUGAAUUCAGUAAUCAUAUAAAACAGUUUAGGGGUCUUAAGUUUCAGUUAUUGAAAUGUAUUUUUGAAUGUGUUUAAAUGUUUCAUUUGUGACACUUUAAUGCAUGAUUCUCUCCUCAAUUAAUUUCUCCUCCCCCAUUAUUAACGCAUCUGUCAUUCACAUGUAUGUUGUGUACCGAUCCAGACCAAAGUCAGAUCAGCAGAGACAAUCUCAGGAAGUGCUGUUUAAAUAGCAACUCCUCUCAUAUCAUUCUGCCAUGGGCAGGGCCACUGUUUAACGAGCGAGUGAUUAUAAUCAUGAUCAUGUUGUAGUGUGCAUAUGCAUGCGUGUGUUUUAGUUUUAUGAAACAUCCUUUGUCUAGGGCCUUCUAAAGGUAACAAUGUGACCUAAUAAUAAUUUUCUCAAAAUUCCCUAAUUUUAUUUGGCAACUUUAAACCGAAGAACAGUUCGGGAGAGAAAGUUCAUGCAGGCAUUGUUUAAUUUAUUUUGUUUUAAAUACUGUUUAUUUUUUUUAAUUUUUUUUUUUUUUUUCCUCCAAGUUAAAUUAGUGUGGCUUUCUUGUCCUAACAUAUGUGAUAAUAGUUUUGAGAUCUGUUAUUUCAGAUUAUUUUCUAUAUUUGGCAAUAUUCUCUUUUGGCGCAAAUUGUGUAGAGACUGUGCCACUAAAAUGAGAAAAAUCAGUGGACCUGGUUGUAUUUUUUUAUUCGUUUAUCUGAAUUAAUUGAUUUGAUUCAUAACUGGCUGUUUAAAUGAAAUGUAUUAAGUUGUUGCUAAUCUUAUAUCCCCUGUAAGAUUUUUAGACAUGAAAGUGAGAGUAGCAAAUGUUUAGUCAAAACAAUUUUUUUUCUUUUUUUUUUUUUCUUUCCUUUCCUCUUAUAGGUUCUGUCCUGGGAGAGAAUAGGCAUAGCAACUGCUGAGAGAAGUGAAGUGUUUUUGGACAGCAUUGUAGAUGUUGAAAAAAUGGGAAAUGAAAGAAAAAAUAAAAUCUGAAAUUAUUUUAA